GGGGAGGCGGUCCUGCUUGAGCUGAUGCGCUGCGGACGCGGCACUUUAUCUCUGGAAAACGUCGGAGCGCGACAGAGACCAACCCAGCCUUUCCGUUUGGGUGGGGGGCUACCCGUAGUUCCUGUCUGGGAGUGACAGGACGGGGGCAUGACGGGGUCACCGGGGGUCCCCCAGGCCGGGAGCCAGAAAAGCCCCGUUAAGUGAUUGCGAAAUGUGCUCGGCGCUGUCACCUGACCGUUACCCCCGCCCCCAGCGAGCCUUUGUUUACCACGAACGCGACCGGCCUCGCGCCGGGAGCCUUGCCUGCCACGGCCGUCCCCGGGGAGCCGGGCAGGCGGGGGAGCGGGUGUUCCGCGGGCCGAGUCCCCGCCUAACCUCCCCACCUUCCCUCCACUCCAGAGCCUGGUUUCUUAAUUUAGUCUGUCUUGUCCCCGCCCCCCCCCUCCUCCUCCGACUUCUGGACACCUCGGGGCAGACUGUUAACGCGUCCGGGAUUGGGCGCCCACGGCGGCUCGUGGGCGGGCCCGACGGGCAAGCUCUGGGCUGUGACUGGCGGCCGUGUCCAUGCUGGGUGGUCCUGCCUGCUGCCGGGCCUCCAGCCCCCUUGAAGGUGUGGAAAUUAACACAAAUAUUUUGACUGAGGCUUUAAUCAAGCAAAUGUUUAAAAGCUGCAUAAAGAAGACUCCUAACAGUCAUUUCUCAGCAAUUAUAUAGUCAACUGAUGUAACAAUGGUCCUAAUAUUGGGACGCAGACUAAACAGAGAGGAUCUUGGGAUGCGUGAUUCCCCAGCAACGAAACGUAAAGUUUUUGAAAUGGACCCUAAAUCUCUGACAGGUCAUGAGUUUUUUGACUUCUCUUCAGGAUCAUCCCAUGCAGAAAAUAUACUGCAGAUAUUUAAUGAAUUCCGAGACAGCCGCUUAUUCACAGAUGUUAUCAUUUGUGUGGAAGGGAGAGAAUUUCCAUGCCAUCGAGCUGUUCUGUCCGCCUGUAGUAGCUACUUUCGAGCUAUGUUUUGUAAUGACCACAGAGAAAGCCGAGAAAUGUUGGUUGAAAUCAAUGGGAUUUUAGCUGAAGCAAUGGAAUGUUUUUUGCAGUAUGUUUAUACUGGAAAGGUGAAGAUCACCACAGAAAAUGUGCAGUAUCUCUUUGAAACAUCAAGCCUCUUUCAGAUCAGUGUUCUCCGGGAUGCAUGUGCCAAAUUCUUGGAGGAGCAACUUGAUCCUUGUAAUUGCUUAGGAAUCCAGCGCUUUGCUGAUACCCACUCACUCAAGACACUCUUCACAAAAUGCAAAACGUUUGCGUUACAGACUUUUGAGGAUGUGUCUCAACACGAAGAAUUCCUUGAACUUGACAAAGAUGAACUUAUUGAUUACAUUUGUAGUGAUGAACUCGUUAUUGGUAAAGAAGAGAUGGUGUUUGAAGCCGUCAUGCGUUGGGUCUAUCGUGCUGUUGAUCUGAGAAGACCACUGCUGCAUGAGCUACUGACCCACGUGAGACUUCCUCUGUUGCAUCCCAACUACUUUGUUCAAACAGUUGAGGUGGACCAAUUGAUCCAGAAUUCUCCAGAGUGUUAUCAGUUAUUGCAUGAAGCAAGACGGUACCACAUACUUGGGAAUGAAAUGAUGUCCCCAAGGACUAGACCACGCAGGUCCACAGGCUAUUCGGAGGUUAUAGUUGUUGUUGGAGGCUGUGAACGAGUUGGAGGAUUUAAUCUUCCAUAUACUGAGUGCUAUGAUCCUGUAACGGGAGAAUGGAAGUCUUUGGCUAAGCUUCCAGAAUUUACCAAAUCAGAGUAUGCAGUCUGUGCUCUAAGGAAUGACAUUCUCGUUUCAGGUGGAAGAAUCAAUAGCCGUGAUGUCUGGAUUUAUAACUCACAGUUAAAUAUUUGGAUCAGAGUUGCUUCUCUAAAUAAAGGCAGAUGGCGUCACAAAAUGGCUGUGCUGCUUGGUAAAGUGUAUGUUGUUGGAGGCUAUGAUGGGCAAAAUAGAUUGAGCAGCGUAGAAUGUUACGAUUCCUUUUCAAAUCGAUGGACGGAAGUUGCUCCCCUAAAAGAAGCAGUGAGUUCUCCUGCAGUGACUAGCUGUGUAGGAAAAUUAUUUGUAAUUGGUGGAGGACCAGAUGAUAAUACUUGUUCUGAUAAGGUUCAAUCUUAUGAUCCAGAAACCAAUUCUUGGCUACUUCGUGCAGCUAUCCCAAUUGCCAAGAGAUGUAUAACAGCUGUAUCCUUGAACAACCUGAUAUAUGUUGCUGGUGGACUGACCAAGGCAAUAUACUGUUAUGAUCCAGUUGAAGAUUACUGGAUGCAUGUACAGAACACAUUCAGUCGGCAGGAAAACUGUGGUAUGUCUGUGUGUAAUGGUAAAAUAUAUAUCCUGGGUGGAAGACGAGAAAAUGGAGAAGCCACAGACACCAUUCUCUGUUAUGAUCCUGCCACAAGUAUCAUCACAGGAGUGGCUGCAAUGCCCAGGCCAGUGUCCUAUCACGGCUGUGUGACUAUUCAUAGAUACAAUGAGAAAUGCUUUAAGCUCUAAGAUCAUGAGACCUCCUCCCACAAGAAGCCACACUGAUCCAAGACGAGAGGUCUUAAAAGCUCCCAAUGGAAACUUGACAGAUCUCUCUUGUGCCACAUGCAAAAAAAAAAAAAAAAAAAAAUAGUAAAAAUAACCAUCAUGGUGCCUUUCUGCCCAACAUGUCAACCUUUAAAACUGUAAUAGUCAUUUGUGUAAUAACAGCAAAAACAAAACAAAUGUGUAAAGGUUAAUGGUGAUUGUUGCUUGGCGUUUGAGAGCGAUCCCUUUGUAUUUUAAGCUUCUGUAAGAAGCCUGCGUGGGCUAGAAUGUGAUGUCUGCAUGCCAUAUAGGAAUUUGUGAAUGGCCUCAUCAUUGACAGUAUGUUUAUCUGCAAAACUGUAUAUUCCUUAUUUUGUAAUUUAUAUAGAGAAGAUUGCAUGACUUAGGCUUCCUAAAGUUGAAUCCCCUAAUGCUUAGAAUACAUUCUAAGGGGGAAAAUGAGUUAUAAAAAUCAUUGUCGGUGAUGCCAUUUAUCCAGAUUGAUUAAUUUUGUUGGAAUUUUUUCUACAAUAAAUAUUUUGUAAUUAUUGUUAAUGGCAACAAUUUGAGUAUCAUACUGAAUUAUUGUGACUUCAUUCUUAGAAUUGCUGUCAUACACACAGAUUAAGCAUAUUUUGGAGAAAGGGGAGGGGUGUUCACAGGAUUAAAAUUGCAGAUUAAUUGCCAAGAAAAAAAUAAAAUAACCAUUAAAGGCU